GGAAGCUUAGGCCAUGGUUACAAAACCUGCGAGAACAGUUUCUUUGCAUACCUCCUGAAGAAUGUCAUGCAGUAGAUGAAAUUAUGGUGCCAUUCAAGGGAAAAUCUCAUCUACGUGUCUACAUGCCUGCAAAACCACACAAAUGGGGUUUUAAGAUGUGGGGACGUGCAGGACAAAGUGGCUUUCUUUAUGACUUUGAUGUUUGUCAAGGUGCAGAACAUCAAGACAGAGAAAAAUCAGAAGUGGGUGUUACAGGAGAAGUUGUGCUGAAAAUGACAUCAACACUUCCAGCAGGAAAAAAUCACAAGGUCUUUGCAGACAAUUACUUUACAUCAGUUCCCCUGGUGCAGCACCUAAAGGAGAGAGAAAUCCACUACAUUGGCACAAUCCGGAUGAACAGGAUGGCCAACUGCACCAUGAUGGAUGAAAGGGAAAUGAAGAAACAUGGAAGAGGGUCAGUGGACUUCAGAGUGAACCAGGACAACAACAUCAUUGUAAGAUGGUUUGACAACAAAGCAGUGAACCUGAUUUCUUCAUUUGUGGGUAUUGAACCUGUGGGAAAUGUGAAACGCUGGGAUCGCAAAUCCAAAACUCACAUAAUGGUUCCCAGACCAGCCAUCGUUGAAGCAUAUAACAAGUUCAUGGGAGGCGUCGAUCUCCUUGAUAUGCUGUCUGCACUUUACAAAUUCAGCUUCAGAUCCCGAAGAUGGUACAUGUACAUCUGGUGGCACACUGUUACAGUGGCAGUCAUCAAUGCGCGGAACCUCUACAGAAGAGACCAGAAGAUGCUAGACCCCAAGAUGAAAACCAUGGCUCUGCGAAGGUUUCAAGCUUUGGUUGGUACUUCACUCACAAGUGCUGGAAAGGCUAAAAAGGUUGGCCGACCACUAUCCUGUCCAGAAGCAGCUCCAUCAGCACCCCGUAAAAGGUCAAGCUGCAGUGUGUCCCUGGAUGUCAGAAGGGAUGCCAUGGAUCAUUUUCCAACAUGGGAAACCCGACAAAGAUGCAAGCAUUGCACCAACAAUCACUUCUCACAUGUGUACUGUGAGAAGUGUAAGGUGCAUCUUUGCCUGAACAAAGACAGAAACUGCUUUCGUGACUACCACAAAGUGAAAUAAAAGGACUGGAAAAAAGAUCUAUGUAAAAAAAAAAAGAGAGAAAAACUGCCUAAAAUGUUCUAUGUUUUCAAACUGUUAAAGGCAUAAUAGAUUUUUUGUAUCUAAAAUCUACACUGUUGUAAGCAAAACGUUCCCAAAAAGCCUGAUGUAUCAAAUGUGAUACAAAAAAUAUAUCAUAAACAAAAUGAGUUGGCAAUUUUUUUUUUUUUUUGAUUUUGAUUCAAGGCUUAAUAAACAUCUAAUUUCCAAAAAUAUAUAAUUUUCUGCCAUUGUUUUAAUGUGUCAGGCUUUAAAGGGUUAAAAGCAGAAAUGCUGGG